UGUACUGCAGCUAUCAUUAACGUCUUUAGGCGGCGGUGUACAAGUGACGUUUGGUACUAGCAGUUGAUAACCGAUGCAAUCGUGGACAAAUCGUCGCUCUGGGACAAAUGAGAUAGUACUACCCUACCCAUACCUAACCGAAGACGACGCUCUAACCUCUUAAUACGCUUUCGCGGUAAUAUAGCCCGUCCGUCAAUCUGUGUUUAUGCGUUUGUUGAUGUGUUGCGUCUAAGCUAGCGUCUAACAUCAGAUUUAAUAACAUUAUCGUCCAUUUUAUUUUCCACCGUUUCGCUACCUCGCUACUUAGCCUAUAUUUUUACGUCGCCCUCGUUUUUAAACCGACAGCCGCCGUACUUCUUACACGACCGUAGGGACUUCCCGAUCAAGUGAUUUCGAUCACUACGUUCGUCGACCACCACGCUUCUGUCGUCACUGAUGAUUUUUUCGUCUGGUGCGAUCAAGUUCUCAACACUCGUCUAGGACUCUCCACUAACGGUAUAUCAAACUGGUGAUCAACUUGUCGACUGUCUAUACAACUUGAACCUUAAAGUUGAAAUACUUACCUGGCCCUAUAAAAAUUAAAUUGUUAAAAGAAUUUGUAUCAAAUAAUUUCAAUUAAUCAGUAAUCAAACAAUAUGGCAAACCCGGAUGAAUUUUACUUUAAUGUUAUUGUUGAAGCUACUGAUGAUGAAACUACUUCUCAUGAAUGUAACCCUGUUUCACCAACGGAUGAUCAGUUGCUAAACCAAUUGGAUGUUGAUGAUCAGUUGCUAAACCAAUUGGAUGUUGAUGAUCAGUUGCUAAACCAAUUGGAUGUUGAUGAUCAGUUGCUAAACCAAUUGGAUGAUGAUCAGUUGCUAAACCAAUUGGAUGUUGAUGAUAUUUAUGUAUCAAUGGUAGAUGAUAAUAAUACUUUUCCAUUUGAAAAUCCAUCACAAAUAGUUCUGAAUCAAGAAAAUUCCAAUGUUGAUAAUGGCGAUAAUGGGGCACAGAAUCCUGAAAUUGUUGAUUUGAGUGAAGAGGAUGGAAAUACAAUCAUCACUGAAGACCCAAUAGUAGAUAUUACUGGCAUACACAUGAUAGCAAUGUCAGAAGAACAAAUAACAAGAUUUCCUACCCACGAAGUACACAUUUAUGAAAAUGUAAUUAACUAUUUGAGGGAAAAGACACUAAAUUUUGUUGUGAAUAGGAAAACUGCUAGAGGCUAUGAGUUGCAAGUAAAACAUAUUAUGGUCUUACUUACUCCCAAUUCAUGGCUUACAGAUACAAUAAUUCAAAAUUAUAUGUUUUUAUUGGUCAGUUAUUGUGAGAAUGCAUUCUCAUUUAGUACAGAUAUGUUGGCUAGUUAUGAACAACGUGGGUACCAAUCUGUUCAAAAGUUUUUUAACAGUAAUGAUCUGAGUAAUGUGGACUUUGUUUUUGUGCCAAUCAACCCUGGUCAUAAUCAUUGGGCUCUAUGUGUUAUUGAAAUAUGGAAAGGUAAAAUUGAAUAUUAUGAUAGUUUAAAGAAUAUAGAUAUUUCAAAAGAACUCAAAGUGGUGACUGACUUUUGUAAUGAGGCACUUAUCGACUAUGUGAACAAUUCAAAUGUGGAUCGAGCUUUACCAACGGAAUGGACAUAUGAAACAUGUUAUUCUCCCGAACAGUUGAAUAAUACUGAUUGCGGUGUAUUCACUUGUAUGAAUGCCAAGUAUUACAUAUUUUCCCAGAGACCUGAAUUCACUCAAGAGGAUAUUCCCAUCUUCCGGCAAACAAUAGCUUAUGAGCUUAUGAACACCUGCCUUGAACCUUUUUUAUCAACUGAUGAUUAGUUUGUUACGGGGUUUGUUAUUAUUUGAAUAAAAUUUAUUGUUAAAAUAUAUUUUAUUUUAUACUUGUUGUAUUAUGUAAAUAAUGUGUAUAAUCAAAACAUUAUGGCUAUUACUUUUGUACCUGAGGAGAGGUUUACAGGCCAG